GCCGCGGUGCCCAACUGCAGCCCACGCAUCCAUCGGUGGAUGGAAGUGACAGGUGAGAGACGCGGGUCGAGCAGGCGACUGAGUCCUCACUGCCGUGUCCAGAUAUGGCGUAGCAUGCGACGACAAACCGGUCCGAUUAGGGGAGAAGGAGGAGAGCAACGAGACUCUGCGCCGUCACCGCCAAAGCGCACUUUGAGAGGAGCCCAACUGGAUAGGAUCUCGUGCAUCUGCGCAUUCAGACAAUCACGGUGAACUACUGCAUGCAAAUAAUAAGGCAUAACGCAAUGGUCUGCUUUGAUUAGUGCAUGGAAAUGACUGUGGCUGGAUCAACAGGAAAGGGCUGCAAAUGGCUCAAGCAUGUUUGGCAUCUACCACUUCCAACUAACUCUCCCUUCCGUGUGUGCCAAUCAUCAUCAUCAUCAUCAUCAUCAUCAUCAUCAUCAUGAUCAGCAACAACAACAACAGCCGCACCGGCGUUUCAUGUUGAACUGACCCUGUGCAUGGACUUGGCUGCGUUGUCUGAAAUGUUGUAAGAUUCAGUGAAGCUACGUGGUUAACCUCAGGGAUAAGUAGAAAGGAAAAUAAAGCCUUUAUGAUGUGCCCCAUAUGCUCUUCCCCACAAGGAGUAAAGCAGUCUUGAGACAAAUUAUCACCUACAUUCAAUCGUUCUAAAACACGCAAAUGUUAAAGUGGGUGAUAUAUGGAUUUGCUGGAGCAGAUGCUUCUGAUCGCAAUCACGAGUAUGCAUAAUGACAUCAGUGUCCCCCGCUGCCUCCCUCAAGUCUGCUGACAUGAAGCUUGAAGAGUUCUGCUCGUCCAUCCGUCAACAUGAUGAAUAAGAAACUUUUCAAUGUGACUUUGCUCAUGAAUGAAUUUCAGAACACUGGCAGUGUUAAACCCACCAACCUGUAGUCCAUACAUUCAUCCUGGCAUGUAUCCUCACCUGAACUGUGGGCGGUAAACUCCUGCCUGCAUCCUCACCCCUCGUCCAUUUUCCUAUUUCCGGUGCCUUGCUGCAGAGCCCGAGCUUUGGGUGAUGUAUAGCCGGAAGAGCAGGGAAGGAGCUGGCUGGACGGCAAGAGGUAACUUUAGACACUCCGGCUGGUCCCGUUGUGCAUCAGUGCUGCAUAGAGCAACAACUGUGAGCCAGUCUUACAAAAGCACAUCAAACAGGUUUUUAUAGGCAUAUCUCCUGAGGCCAAGCGUGCCCCUGCCUUUUUUGAAACCUGCAGGUUCCAUCACCUUCCAGCAUGACGGUCGCGACAGGCGACCCCGCAGACGAAGCGGCUGCACAUCCGGGUCAGCCACACGACCACUACGAGCCCGAGCCAGAUCACGAGUGCUGCGAGAGGGUGGUCAUCAACAUCUCGGGCUUACGCUUUGAGACGCAGCUCAAGACCCUGUCCCAGUUUCCAGAGACACUCCUCGGUGAUCCAAAGAAGCGGAUGAGGUACUUUGACCCCCUCCGGAACGAGUACUUUUUUGACCGCAAUCGACCAAGUUUUGAUGCCAUUCUUUACUACUACCAAUCUGGAGGGAGGCUACGCCGGCCUGUAAAUGUCACUCUUGAUAUUUUUUCCGAAGAGAUUCGCUUCUAUGAGUUGGGCGAGGAGGCAAUGGAAAUCUUCAGGGAGGAUGAAGGUUUCAUAAAGGAGGAGGAGCGCCCAUUGCCAGACAAUGAGUUUCAGAGACAGGUGUGGCUGCUCUUUGAGUACCCCGAGAGCUCAGGUGCAGCUCGCAUCAUUGCCAUCAUCUCCGUCAUGGUGAUCCUCAUUUCUAUUGUUAGCUUCUGCCUAGAAACGCUGCCAAUUUUCCGUAACGAAGAUGAGGAGAUGUAUAAUUAUCCCUUCCAAACCAAUUCCAAUGUCACCAUGACCUAUGAGACCUCGCCAUAUUUUACCGAUCCCUUCUUCAUCGUGGAGACCCUUUGUAUAAUCUGGUUCUCAUUUGAGUUCCUUGUCAGAUUCUUUGCAUGUCCCAGUAAAGCAGGAUUUUUUGGCAACAUCAUGAACAUCAUUGAUAUUGUGGCAAUUAUUCCUUACUUCAUCACCCUUGGCACAGAGUUAGCAGAGAGGCCGGAGGAUCGAGAGGCCGGACAGCAGGCUAUGUCUUUGGCGAUUCUGCGUGUCAUUCGCUUGGUCAGAGUGUUUCGCAUUUUCAAACUAUCUCGCCACUCCAAGGGGCUCCAAAUUCUGGGACAGACUCUGAAGGCCAGUAUGCGUGAGCUGGGACUCCUCAUCUUCUUCCUCUUCAUUGGCGUCAUCCUCUUCUCCAGCGCCGUUUACUUUGCCGAAGCAGACGAGCCGCAAUCCCAGUUCAGCAGCAUCCCAGAGGCUUUUUGGUGGGCAGUGGUUUCCAUGACGACUGUCGGGUACGGAGACAUGGUCCCGACAACCAUUGGAGGAAAAAUCGUGGGGUCGCUUUGUGCUAUUGCUGGCGUUUUGACCAUUGCGCUUCCGGUGCCGGUCAUUGUGUCAAACUUCAACUACUUCUAUCACAGAGAGACUGAGGGUGAAGAACAAGCUCAGUAUCUAAAUAUCCCAAGUGUGCCUAAAGCGAGCUCAGUUGAUGACCUGAAGAAGACCGGUCGGAGUGGCAGCGGGUCGACCCUCAGUAAGUCUGACUACGUGGAGAUUCAGGAAGCUGUCAACCACAGCGCUGAGGACUUCAGACCCGAGGGCAUGAAAACGGGAAACUGCACUCUUGCCAACACCAACUAUGUCAACAUCGCCAAGAUGCGCACGGAUGUAUAAUGUGAGCUUUUAUCGAUGAUUCACCUCAUGUAGGGUCAGUGACAACUGGAUUAGUCUGGCCCCACAUGACCAAUAUUUGUGGGGAGCAGUGUGGGACUCCAGAGCAGAUGAAGGCACAAAGGUCGACAGGAGAAGACGUCUUGCUUACCCACAAUCUAGGUACCUGGAGCACAGCAUAGAUCUGUAACCUGUCUUAUGGGGACAUCUUGGACUUCCGAAUGGAGUUCGUCUUACUUUUGUGACAGUAGUUCUCCAGAUGGCAAAAGUAGCCAAAUCGUAGCCUAAGAAGUAAUAAUCAAUAUAAACAGACUAUUGGGUCCACCUGUUUGAAGAAGACAAUUCACAAUGAAAUUAGCAUAAUGUUUAUUUUAAAAUGUAUAUUAGCACAUACAUAAAUCAGAUUAAACCAGGCCAUAAUUUUUUUUAACUGACUAUAGCCCACCCAUAUGGUCAAGGGAAAUCUGAUGGGAGCAACCGAGAAAGCAAGUGAUACUAAUACUUGUUUGGCGCCAUAGUAAUAUAAUGCUCCAUCUGUAAAGGUACAGGCUCUGCAAGUGCACUAGCAUUUCCUGUUGGACCAGCACUAAAUGUAGUGCAGACCAGUGCCCUCUGGAGAAACCACUGCAUAGACCACGGGAAAGUGCCAUACACUGGGUGUGACCCACAACAACACAUUACUUUGUCCUCUUUUAACCAAUGAUACAUUAGUGAGUACGCAGUAGGUACACGCUCCCAAACCGGCUUAGAUUUUUAGUCUCUGAGAAGAGGGAAUGGCUCAUACAUCAAUCACAUUUCAUCAGUUGGUACUUUAAUAAUUGCUUGAUUGUAUGAUAAAAAAAAAAAACAAUAAUGGAAACAAAAGUAUCUGAAUCGCAUUGUACGUUAGUGCCUUUUUUGCGGGGUAAAUUAGUUCUACCUUUAAGUGUCUCUUUAACUGCCACCCAAACCGGGAGUAACAGGAAUGUUUAGUUUGACACCACUGCCCGACAGAAACAAAGUUGUCCUUUAACUUCAUUGCAUUCCACCAUUGUAUUAACCCUCCAUGCCCAAGAAAGUAUGCGUAAAAAUAUAAGUUACCAAUUAGAAGAAAUUAGAGAGCUUUGUAAAUACAGUAAACGAUGGCAUUCAACAAAACAACAAAAUGUUUUAUUUGAUUUGCUCGCUGCAACAUGAGAAAACAUCCAUGUACUGGGGAAAAAAAUCAUACAAGACCACUUCAAAAUCUGAAUCUGCUCUUCAUAGGUAUACUUUUGGGUAAAAUGAACAUUUUUGUUUAUUAUUCUACAGACAACAUAACUCCCAGAUUCAAAUAUUUUUAUGUGUAUGCAGAACAUCCUAAAGGGGGCAAAACAUAGAAAAAGGUCCAGUAGUUUGUUUAUAGAGCUUGUAUGUUACUGUAGAGAUAUGGUUUAGCAGGAAGCCAAAGACAAAUGAACAUGCUGCCACCUGGAUUGGCAUCUUGAGUUGUAAAAUAGAGGUAUUGUGAGCUCAGCUUUUAUAGACUACAUUUAAAUGUUUGUAUCUGUGCAAUUUGAACAAUCAUUCCGAUGGUGCCCAUGAGCUAUUGCAGAACUAGCUUACAUUAUUCAUUAGCUUUUAUCAAACUUAUGCUAUUAUGCUCUUGUCGUGCUGCAUGUCUUUGGAAAUAAUCAUUGUAGCAUGUAUUAGUAUGAAUAACGCUGUCAAAUGGACUCACAUAUACUCCACUGUAUGUACUGUAUAAGCACUGGCAGAAUUUGCAAUAUGUGGAAGACGUUGAUGUCUUGUUGACACAUCUUUGUACAUGGUUUCUGUAACAAAAAAGUAUGUGCGCUUCAAGAUAUUCCAAAGUACUUAUUUUGCAACUUCAGGUGGACAGUCAAACUUGAUGACGAGGGGAAACAAAAAUGCAACUGUUUUGCUUCAGUCAAGUGUCAAGCUCAAUCAAAGUGCAGUUGAUUCCCUGAUAUCAGUGAUUCCCAACCAGUGUGCCGUGGCACAUUCAUGUGCCGGGAGAGGGGGAAAUGAUCUAAUUUCACUUAAUUGGUCAUGAUGUUGUUUAUUUACAACACAUAGUGUAUCUUUGUUCAUUUAUCUAUGGCAGCGGCAUAUAAAGACAGAACAAAUAAAUGCGGUAUUUGUUGGCAGAAAGUGGAUAACUGACGUGUAUCCUCUUAUUGUGACAUUUUUAUUUGUUGGUGUGGCGUGAGAUUUUUCAAAAGUAAAAUACGUGCCUUGGCUCAAUAAUGGUUGAGAAUCACUGCCUUAGACGCGCUGCAAAUUUGAGUUCAUCUCAGCGCACUACAGUUUGAGUGUGUAAUCAGCACAUGGGCACAGAGCACAAUAAACUGAGGGGAUCCAGCAGAGAUCAGAUGAGGAAGAGAUAAAAUGCAUUAUCUGCAAAAUCCAGGUAUUAAUGUGGGGAUCAAUAAAUGAAAAGUUAGAUUAACACUGCCCACACGAGGUUUUCUUCCUGAUGUGCAUUAUUAUCUUUACAAUUUGUAGCCCAUAACUCAGUGGUUAGAGCAUUGGUUUGGUAAACCACUGGAGUUUGUUUCUCAAUGAGCCCUCCAGUCCCCCUGAGGGGUCGCAUCAGGAAGGGCAUCCGGUGUAAAAACUGUGCUAAACAGAUAUGAGCGUUUCAUAUGAGAUGACACGCUGUGCUGACCCCUAAUGGGACAAGCCGAAAGAAAUUUACUAGUCUGUCUUGAGUGCAUUUAUCAAUUUUUCGUUCAUAAGGGCACUGCAGUACUCUUAAAACCAGAUUAGUCAAUUUGAGCAAUUGAUGGAAAGUAUUCGAGAUACAGGUAAAUUAUGACUGCACAUUGCAUCAGUGGACCAGAGGGUACACCCCCAAAAAUAAAUAAAUAUGGACAAUUGCAAGCAUAUACUGCAUAUCUCCAGUCUGUACAUGCAUAUAAGAGUGGCUGCAAGUGUCACGUUUGCUUUAAUUGUAACAUCUGCUGUUGAUGCUGACACGAAAAUUGGAUGGGAAUCAAACAAUAAGCACAUGUACACAAUUGUGGCUUUCAAUGACGUCUAACUGGCUGAAGCUUCACAUUUGCUUUGUUUUCUGCCAUGUGCACGUGCUUGAAGAGCAGCUAACAAAAGUGUGCUUUCACAACACAUCCAAGUUGGAGGAUGCACAGCCGAAGUAUAUUUUAUAUGUAUGGAAUGCUCUGUAAAAGGAACAUUUUAACGCAAUCAUUAAGAAAGUAUAUUUUCAAGGUGAACGCAUUCCUGAGUCAUUGCAUUGAAUUGCACAGUUUGUCAAUGUGAGCUUGUCCGUGUGUGUGCAGGCUGAUCAUCAUUAUUUACAAAUGAGCUUUUGUCAUGACCUUCGAAAGGACUUCCGAUGAAUAAUUGCAAAUUUAGUAUAGAAUGUCUAGAGAAGAGGGAGUCCUUCAAAAUGAC